AGCCUACGUUAAUGUUUUGUGUUCAUGAAACCGGCAUACGCGGGCUAGCAUUUUGAGAAAAAUAUGAGCAAAUUAAUUAGCAUAAGGGAUGCGGUUAUUAUUAUUAUUAGCGUUAUUGUAUCACGACAUAGUUAAGUAAUCUAUCUUAAUGACUUUAGAUUGUAAUGCACCAUCGGGAGCAGUUAAGUGACACGCCAACGGUCCGUCACCAUGACGACCGUGACCUGUAGGCCUAGGGGCACUGGCUAACAUGCUAAAUGCUAACAUGCUAAUGACAUGUGCUUUGAGGUGUGUGAGAACUUUCUGCUGUUUGAAACUUGUUAAUUCUUGAUAUUCAAAACGUUUUGAAGUUGAGGAGUGCACUGGGACUAGAGAGACUCAGUUGCACUGGUUAUAUUAUGCUAAGAGAGGGAAUGAGUAAAGAAGUUGAACAUGGAUGGAUGCAGAUUGUGGGAGUCAGACAGGGCCAUGAGAUGAGUCUCCAGCACGUAGUCGCUCAUCCUCCUCUUCUCCCGUGACCGUUUGGCUGCCUCGUUGUUCUUCCGACGUUUCUCCCAGUAGAGGUCGUCCUUCUUCUCCUCAGGCCUGGCCACCCUGUACGCUCAGGGUCGUGACAAAGUGAGUGUCAAUGUUUACAACAUCGAUGAGAGGAUGAAGUGGAACUAUUAUUCUGGUCACGAAAGGAGGAAAAAAAACACCAUGAGAGUGAAUUGUUGGAACAGCAAUCAGGUAAGGUGCUCGGGGAGUUCAGUCGGUGAUACCGGAGCCUACACCUGGGAGCGAGAGGAAGGCGUGGCAGGGAGCAUACAGAGAAAGGAGGGGGGGUGGAUGAAACAGGUGUCUGUGAGUGUUAUGAAAAACAGCGAAAGAAUGGUUAUGAAAACAACCAUGUUAAACUACAUCUGUGGUCGGUACGAGCUUCGAGAUUGAUGGCUCAGCUGUGUCACCUGACUGCACGGACAGGACUGGCUAACAAUGCAGGUUUGAUUCAGAUGUUUGGAUCUGAGCAGCCUCGGCUCUCUCUCACCAGGAUCGCUCGUCCGGCUUCCAGCAGAGAUUCAGCCAGAAGAGUUGCAUAACCCACGUCUACAAACAUUGGAGUCUCCUCUGCAUCAUGGCCAAGGAAAGUUUUGAAUCUGGCCUCACAUGGGAGGUGAGGGCAAACAGCCGCCACUACCACAAACACAAACAGAAGAAAUCCUUGCUGUGCUUCCGCUGGGGGCGAUACGCGGACAAUGUGGUCCGCAGCUACAAGUACUCCCCCCUGACUUUCCUGCCCAUGACACUGUUUGAACAGUUCCAGCGAGUGGCCAAUCUCUACUUCCUCCUCAUGGUGGUGUUGCAGUGUGUCCCUGCCAUCUCAGCCAUACCUUGGUACAUCACCAUCAUCCCGCUGAUCAUUGUACUCUCUGUGAGAGGGAUGAAAGACCUUGCCAACGACAUGGCACGGAGACGCAGUGACUCUGAGAUUAACUCCCGACCCUGUGACGUACUCAUCUCCCAGAGUUUCAGCAGAGAACAGUGGAAGGAUCUGCAUGUUGGAGAUGUGCUGCGAAUCCACAAAGACCAAGUCAUCCCUGCUGACCUUCUCCUCUUGUGUAGUUCAGAACCUCACAGUCUGUGUUAUGUGGAGACAGCAGAUAUCGACGGAGAAACUAACCUCAAGUUCCGGCAGGCACUCAGUGCUACGCACAAUGAGCUGACCUCUGACCCCUUAGAGGAGGCGCUGGCUGACUUUGAUGGUGUCGUGCUGUGUGAGGAGCCCAACAACCGCCUGUACACCUUCAGAGGCCAGCUGCACUGGCAAGGAGAGUGUUUUCUGCUGGACAACGAGCACAUCCUCCUGAGGGGAACAGUCCUACGCAACACAGAGUUUGCCUACGGCUUGACCAUAUACACUGGCGCGGACACCAAGAUCCUGAGGAACUGCGGGAAACUGAGAGUAAAGAGGACGCAAACGGAGAAAGUUUUCAACAGAGUGGUGGCCGGGAUCGUCCUGUGCGUGCUGUUGGCAGCUCUGCUCCUCGCCAUCGGCGCUGGCGUGUUUUCGAGUUGGGUCAUGAGCCACACAGAGGUUCUGUCUGCUCUGGUGGUUAACGGCAAUCCCGCUUACACCGGGUUCCUCAUCUUCUGGAGCUACAUCAUCCUGCUCAGCCCGGCCAUGCCCAUUGCUCUCUACAUCACGUUUGAGAUGAUCCACACGGUCCACAGCCUGUUUAUUGGCUGGGAUGUGGAGAUGUAUUGGCAGCAGGCAGACAAACCGGCCCAGGCCAGGAACACCUCACUGAAUGAGGAGCUCGGCCAAGUGGGAUACCUGCUGAGUGACAAAACUGGGACACUGACCCAGAAUCGUCUGCUCUUCAGACAGUGCUGCAUAGCCGGGGAGAUCUAUGGUGAUGCAUCAGUCAGGGCAGAGGACAUACAGCCCAUGGACUUAAGCUGGAAUCCGUUCUCCUGUGGUGGUUUGCACAUGUCGGCUCCCAACCUGGUGGAGAAGCUUCGAGGACAGCAGUGUGCAUUCAGCAGACAGUUCCUCAGGGCGCUGUCUUUAUGUCACACUGUCAUGGCGGAGUGGAAAGAAGAGGCUCCAGUUUACCAGGCUGCGUCCCCAGAUGAGGAAGCUCUUGUUGGUGCAGCCAGGGAGCUUGGCUGGGUCUUUCUUUCCAGGACGAGAGACUUUGUCGUCAUCUCUGAACUCGGUGUCUCUCGCCAGUAUGAACUGCUUGCACUGCUGGACUUUACCAGCCAGAGAAGACGCAUGUCUGUACUGGUGCGGGAGCCGGAGGGUGGGUUAAAGCUGUACUGUAAAGGGGCAGACAUCGUGAUCCUGGAGAGACUGCAGAAGGACUGUCCAUAUCAGGAGAGGAAUGAAGGAGCCCUGGAGUUGUUUGCCCAGGCCUGUCUGAGGACUUUGUGUGUUACGGUUCGAUCUGUUCCUGAGGCAUCAUGGGAGCAGUGGAGUAAAACUCUUGCCCAGUCUGCUGCCAUGACGACCGAUGACCGUGACGCACUGCUGGAAAAGCUGUAUGAUCAGAUGGAGAGAGAGCUGCAGCUUAUAGGGGUGACGGCGAUAGAGGAUCGGCUUCAGGAGGGAGUUCCUGAGACUAUUGCUCUGCUUCAACAGGCUGGGAUUAAAGUAUGGGUACUUACUGGGGACAAAAAAGAGACUGCAGUGAAUAUUGGAUAUUCUUGCAAGCUACUGGAUCCUGAUACCAGAUUACUGGAAUGGCAGGAGCUGAGACAGAUACUCCAGUCCCCAGACCCAGGGGUCAGUUUCUUCAAGGCCAGGCAGACAGAGCUGUGGGCUGUAGACAAGCAGGCGGCUGGAGCAAAGACUGCUGUGGUCCUCACUGGACCUGAGCUGGCAGAGUUUGACCAGAGACCAGAGUGGGGGACCACGUUCAUGAGCCUGGCAGAACAGUGUCAGUCGGUGCUAUGCUGUCGUGUAACACCAGGACAGAAGGCUGACAUCGUCACGCUGGUCAGGAAACACUCCCGCUCAGUCACCAUGUCCAUCGGGGACGGUGCCAAUGAUGUAAACAUGAUCAAGACGGCUCAUGUUGGUGUGGGAAUAGCAGGAGUGGAGGGAGGUCAGGCGGUGCAGAACGCGGACUUUGCCUUGUCCCAGUUCAGAUUUCUGCAGAGGCUGCUACUGGUCCACGGGCGCUGGUCCUACAGGCGCAUUUCCCUCUUCUUGCGCUACUUCUUGUUUAAGACCUGUGGCUUUGCUCUCGUGCACAUAUGGUUUGGUUUCUUCAAUGGCUUCAGUGCUCAGUCUCUGUAUGAGACGUGGUUCAUCGCUCUCUACACCGUCUUCUACACAGCGUCCCCAGUUUUGUGUGUGGCCUUCUUUGAACAGGACGUGAGUGCAGAAAGCAGCCUGAAGUGGCCGGAGCUGUACAAGACUGGACAGAGACAGGAGCUCUCCAGCCCUCUCAUGCUGUUCCUUUCGCUGCUGUAUGCCGUCUACACGUCGCUUGUUCUCUUCUUCAUCCCGUUUGGAGUCUUUUACAACACAGCUUAUGACUUCCAGACCAUGGCAGUCACUGUCGCCAUGGCAGCCACGUUCACUGCCACCAUUGAGGUUGUGCUGGUGACCAGAUACUGGACGAAGUUCAAUGUAGCCACCGUGUGUGUCUCUGUGGUGCUUUUCUUCCUCUGUACCAAGAUCACCCACAGCACCAUCCUGUUUAAAAGAUCACCCAGCGACUAUUACUUCUUCGGUGCGGCUGAUAAGGCCUUCAUCGAUCCACUUGUGUGGCUCGCAGCUCUGCUCACUACCUGGACGGCUGUUUUGCCCUCAGUGACCGCCCUCGCUCUCAAUGUCAUCCUCACCAUGCACGACAAACACAAGGUCCACAGUGCGUCCCUUCAGCCGGUGGAGCUGAGGUCACAGUUCAAAAGGACGUCUCUUCGCCGUUCCUCUUACGCCCUCUCUCAGGGGGCCGGGACCGGACGCCUCAUCACGUCAGGGACCUUCAUCCGCAGCACGGUGCCGACGGUGGAUGAGAAGGUGACUGCUAGUAAAAACUCCACUGACUCACAAGUCCUAAUUCACCUAAAGGACAAUAAUCAUCUCCCAAAAUAGCACAUGAUUAACGAUAAAUUUAAGGGAGAAUAUUUGAUCACAUAGAUUGUUGCUGUAACAUAGAUCUUAUGAGAUGAUUCGUUAUGUGUUUGCACUUAAAACAUGUUUUUGUGGCCAAUUCCAGCACUUAUCUUUUGUAUAGCUACCAUUUUCCAAUAAAUGAUAUGAUAUACAAAAUA